CCAACACAGUCUUUCCAGCAGAAACGCGUUCACCUCCUACGAAGACGGACGAGGUAAUUUGAGAAAACAGCGACAGGGGGAGGAUGCAAGCUGAAACAGAAGCUAAACUGGGAACAAAGAAACGGGAGCAGCUCUAUUUGAUGUGAACACGAGGGAGCUUUUUGGACUUGGGGGGGGGGAAAAGUUCUACAACGGGCUACUAAGUAGGAGCUUUCCUGGAAAAAAAAAACCGAUAAACGCCCUUUCCAAAUAGUCAAUCGACUGGAAAUGAGCGAUUAUGAAUCGCUAAUGGGAUAAAGAUGGAAUUGCCAGAGAGUUGUGGAAAUUAGAAGAAUCUCUGAUGAAAUCCGAAUGGAGUAGAGAAUGAGCAUGGACAGAGCGCGUGUCCCCGGCAUCCAGCCCUGCUGGACCUUCCUCAGGGAUACACUGCUCAUUUGUCUGUUCGUCGGUGGGAGUUUGGCCCAGUGUGAGGACUGCCUGGACUACUGUUGUGAGGGAUCAUCUCCCUUCUGCUGCUCGUACUACGCCUACGUGGGGGAUGUUCUUUCGGGCACAGCUAUUUCAGGGAUCGUGUUCGCUGUUGUUUUUGUCAUGGGUGCUGCGGCUGGCAUUUUCUUAUGCGUGUGCAUGUGUGUGAAAAAUGGGCGUAGUUCCAGAGUAGAUGUCCUCAGAGCUUCCCACAUCAACACCAUCACCCAAGGAUAUCCAGGUCCACCUCCACCUUACACCUACGACUAUGAGAUGUUCCCCCACCAUGUCCCUCCUCCACCCUACACCCCAACCCCACCCAGGAUGACCAGCUACCCUCCUCCUCCUCCUUACCCAGGGCAUACUUGGAAGUAACCAUGCCCCAUCCCAAAGUGCCUCAUAGGUUCUGAAGACCUAUGACUUCUGUGGAAGCAUAGGCUGGCCUAGUUUACAUUGCUGGUUCUCUGUGGCAGCCUUUUAACAUCAAAGAAGCUGUUGCUGCCUAACUCGAAAUAGGGACCUUCUCCGAAGAAACAUGAAUCACUCACGUACUUAUGGUUAAUGCAGGUGUGACUGUGUAGGGCCACACAUUCAGCAAAGAACUGCAGACUUUUAUGUUCACCAGAUUAUUAUACACUACUGGUCAGAAUGCUACACUGAGCCUGGGUGGCAGCUAGAGAGUGAGCCAGAACAUACUACUACACUUUGGUGACUGUGCACUUUCCCCCUGUUGGAUUUAAAGAAAACUCAUUGUUUUCUGUCAUCCUUAUAGCGAAGGAGCUUUUUUUGUGUGUCUAAUGAAUGAAUGUAUAUAAAUCUGUAUGUAUAAAUUGCUCAUAUGAUAAAAUAUUCAGCAAUAAGAUCUAAUUUUAAGUCAUGAAAUAAAGAUCCUGUUGACCAGAA